AUGUUUUCAAUAUCAUUCUCACCCUCAAGCUUUUCCUCUGACGAAGAGCCUGUUCAUGAGGUGGCAAACUCACAUUUUGAAAUAUUGCAUAAAGAGAAGGUUACCGGUUUCAACUUCCUUGAACAAACCAAGAAGGAUUUUCACAGUAUUGGUUUGGCAUUAGGUCUAGUAACAAGACUUCCAAAUUUAAUCAUGGAUCUCAAUAAAU